AUGCCUGAUAAGGACCUUCGACGUCAGGCCCUCGACAAGACCAAAACGGUCUCUCGAAGGGCUCAAGCGAAAGCCUCAUUGUCCAUACCCUCCUCAACCGGUCACAGCCAGCCUGGUUCGGCUCGUGGUUCUCGUGCCGCAUCGCGUGUUGCAAGUCGAAAUGUAUCGGACGACGAAGACGAUAAUAGAAGUGGAUAUCUUAGCGACGAUACUAAUGCCAGUAUCAACUCGAUAGACGCAUUUCUAGAAAGCGACGAAUUUCAAGAAAGCAAUUUGGAGAACCUCAAGUCUGCGCUGAACACUACAAUAGAAGAACUAAUAGAACGAAAAGGAAGCAGCGUACAAGGGCGAGAGGAGGCGCUGGAGCGGUACACGAAGAUCCUUACCAGUCACCACUUUGGCGAUGUACUUUACGGGAGGGUCAACGAUAUCCUGGGUGCUUUAAGUAAGAGUAUCAAGUCCGAAACCUCGUCAAAAGAGGCUGUUCUCGCUCUACGAGCCGUUUCUCUUACUGCCAUCUCCUUUGAAGACCAUACACUGUACGAAACGAUUGCACCACUUCUCAAGCGCACCAUUACAGAUAGUCAAGACAAUCCGACAAAGGCUGCAGCAACACAAAGUCUGGGUAUAUGUCUAUUCUUUGGUGGUGCAGGAGACGAUGAGAUCGCCGAACAAUGCACCUUCCUCCUUGAAGUCGUACAAUCUGACGGGUCUUUCGUGGGUGCAGACGACAACGCCGAAGUGGUCACGGCUGCAUUGCAGACCUACACUUUCCUACUCACUCAACUCGACGAUGUGGAAGCUGAGUCAGAGGAUGCAGUCGAGGCCUUUAUCGAGCAACUGGACAGCGGCAAUGUAAACGUGCAAAUCGCAGCUGGCGAAGCUAUCGCGGUGCUGUUUGAGAAGAGUUAUACACCGAAGGAAGACGACGAGGAUUCUGGAGAGAACGAUGAAGCAGAAGGCGAAUCUAGUGGGGACUCUGACGGUCCUACCACAGGAGACAAGACCUUGGUCAGACGCUACAAUGCCUAUCAUAACCCAGAGGAAGUCGUUGAAAAAGUCUCUGGACUUGCCAAUCUAAGCACAAGAGGCCUGAAUAAACACGAUAAGAGAAAACUUCACCAAGCCUUCGCCAGUAUAGCGAUCACAAUCGAGAACCCUAGACGAGGCCUACAGACCAAUUCAUCCAGUCGAAUGAUCGUGCGGAUUCAUCGAGAGGGUGAGAUCAAAGUUGACAAAUGGUGGAAACUCGUGCGUCUGAAUGCGCUAAGGCGCCUCCUGGCUGGCGGAUUCAUCAAUCAUUACUUUGAGGGAAACGGUCAGGUUCUGAACGCGUUGCCACUCUUGAUCAGGAAUACAGGGCCUGGAGGAACAUUAAGUCCGAGGAGGAGUGCAAGAAGACCCGGAGACAAGUACAAGGAAGUGAGAAGGUUUGUGAGUGCGGAAGUGGGUGACUAA